AUGUACGGAACGAUUCUGGUUGUCCUCCUUCUCGUUCUGCCUGUUGUGUACAUCAUUCGUGGAACACUCACAGUGUCUCUGCCGUCUCCAGCUGAAGCAUCCAGUGAGAAAUCUAUCGAGAAAGAGCCUAAGAUCAUCAUGCAGUCUGCAAAGACCGAUCUUGCACCCCCGAAGGAUGACCCCUUCACGCAGGAACAGUUGAGGGAGUUUGAUGGAUCAGAUCCGUCCAAGCCCAUCUACGUUGCUAUCAAGGGGACGGUAUUUGAUGUAACGCACAAGGCCGACUCGUACGGGAAGGGCAAAUCAUACAAUAUCUUCGCAGGGAAGGAUGCUUCAAAGGCGCUUGGAAUGUCUAGUCUUAAGCUGGAGGAUGCUGUAUCGGAUUACAGCACGCUGCCAGACACCGAGUUGAAAGUUUUGCAGGACUGGUUCGACUUCUUCUCGAAACGUUACAACAUCGUCGGACGUGUGAUAGAUCUGCCACCACAAGGAUCUGGCCAGACCGCGAACCUGUAG